GUGUUUCCCUCAUUGGGAGAGGAAUAGGAAGUCGGACCCAAACACGCACUGCAGAUUGGUGGAAGCGGAGCAGCAAUGGGGGAGAAUGAGAAGGAGAAUGAGGGUGAGAGUGAAAUCCAAGUCCGAAGCCUGACAGGCGAAUCAACCAUCCUCUCCAUUUCACCCAACAAAACCAUUCAACACCUCAAGCUCCUACUCACACAAACCUUCCCUCCCGCUUCAAACUCUCCCAAUUUCCAUCUCUUCCUCAAGGGUGUAAAAUUAGGUUUGCAGAGUCGGAUAAAAAGUCAUUCAAUUGAGUCGGGAGAAUUCAUUGUUCUGAUUCCAUAUAUGAAGAAGGAUCAGCAACAAACCCAGCAGUAUAAUGAAGCCGGAACACGCUUGAAAGACAAAAAUGAAUGCUCAACCUCAAAAGCCGCUGAUUCAGCAUGGUCUGAUAUGAUGCAAGACCUUUCUUUUCUACGUGACAUAUCUAGAAAGGGGAAUCAACCUAAUGUUGAGUCAAAGAGCAUGAAUUCCGGAGAUAGCAAUGAUGUGACUGGGGUAUCCCCUGUUAAUCGAUCUUCAGAAACCAAACUUAAGAGAACGUUCAAACAGGAAGGAAAUGUAGAUGACAUCAUAACCGGUGUAUUGCAUUCUGCUGAAAACAGUCAACUUGAUGAACAGAAUUGCAAAAGACUUAUGCAGCUUUUGGAAUCAGUGAAUUGUUUGACCAAUCCACAUUCUGGGCACUGCAUGUUAAAGGAAUUGUAUUUACAAGACAGUGACACGAACCCAUAUGCAAAUGAGAAUAAUGCGUGCCUAUGUCCCUCUUGGUUGAAGACACUAAUGAAGGCAUUUUAUUUCUUAAACAUUUAUUCUGCAUAUCUUCAGAUGCAACGGGAAAAAAUCACCUCAACUUAUUUGAAGGAAGCACUGGACCAACUAAGUAAAUUUGGACUUCAAGUUGGUAUAGCUGAUUUAGAGCAUCUUUCUGUACUUUGUCCCAAGGUUGUACGUUUUGUUAAUGAUGAAAUAGGCAUUUCAAAUUCACUUGGCACCCUUGUUAUUAUCAAUUCCUUAGUGGAACAGAGACAUCAAGUUGAAAGUACAUCUCAUACUGUAGCUCGAAAACAUGUGCCAACAUCAAAGAUUGUCAAUGCUAUAAACAAAAGAGAAGGUUCAUUCAAAACAAAUCUCUGCAAUGCUGUUAAAUUGUUAAUGAAUAAAAAUGGGAAUGAGAUGGAAAAGUUCCUUUCCUUGGAGGAUCUACUCAUGUUUAUGAAGGAAAGUGGUACCACUGCAAGAGGAAAUGAAGCUAAACGAGCAAGGAGAAGCUGUGCAACUUCGAGUUCUCAUUCAUUCGAAGCACGAUGCCAUGAUACGAAUCCAUUGCUACCCGUGAAAAUGGUCGAACAUCUCAGAAAGGGCAUUGGAGCUUGGGGACAGAUGGUGCAUGUUGAAAAAAUUAGUGCCAGGGUUGCCUGCCAUGUUGAAAUCCCAAAUGAACUGUCAGAGAAAAUGAAAUCUGCUCUGAAAUGUAUUGGAAUUACGAGGUUGUAUAGCCACCAGGCAGAGUCUGUUCGGGCUUCCCUUGCUGGCAAGCAUGUAGUUGUGGCAACAAUGACAUCCAGUGGGAAAUCUCUUUGCUACAAUCUGCCAGUACUAGAAGUAUUGUCCCAGAAUUUGUUAGCGUGUGCUCUGUACCUCUUUCCGACAAAGGCUUUAGCACAAGAUCAACUUAGAGCUUUGUUAGCUAUGACAAAAGAGUUUGAUACUAGCUUAGAUAUUGGUAUCUAUGAUGGUGACACUUCUCAGGCAGACAGGAUUUGGCUGCGUGAUAAUGCUAGACUGUUGAUCACAAAUCCAGAUAUGUUACACAUGUCCAUCUUGCCAUUCCAUGGGCAGUUCAGGCGGAUUUUAUCAAAUCUUAGGUUUGUUGUCAUUGAUGAAGCCCAUACGUAUAAAGGAGCAUUUGGAUGUCAUACUGCUCUUAUAUUGAGGAGACUUCGGCGGCUCUGUUCUCAUGUGUAUGGUAGUGAUCCUUCUUUUGUCUUUUGUACUGCAACUUCUGCAAACCCCCGUGAACAUGCUAUGGAACUUGCUAAUCUACCAACAAUGGAGUUGAUUCAGAAUGAUGGUAGCCCUUCUGGUCAAAAGAUCUUUGUCCUCUGGAAUCCUCCUUUAUGUCCAAAAACUGUCUCGAAGAGAACUACAAAUGUCAUUGAUAAAAAGGAAUCUUUAGAUAAAGAUAUCAUUUUUAGACGCUCAAGCCCGAUUUUGGAGGUUUCAUGUCUUUUUGCUGAAAUUGUUCAACAUGGGCUUCGUUGCAUUGUAUUCUGCAAAACACGCAAACUUUGUGAACUUGUUUUAUGCUAUACGCGUGAGAUUCUUCAGGAGACAGCACCCCAUCUGGUUAACUCCAUAUGUGCUUAUCGUGCUGGCUAUAUUGCUCAGGAUAGGAGAAGAAUUGAGAGUGAAUUUUUUAGCGGGAAUCUUUGUGGUGUUGCUGCAACUAAUGCCUUAGAGUUGGGUAUUGAUGUUGGGCAUAUUGAUGUAACCCUGCAUCUAGGCUUUCCUGGUAGUAUCGCUAGUCUGUGGCAGCAAGCUGGGAGGUCUGGGAGAAGGGAAAAGCCCUCACUUGCUGUAUAUGUUGCAUUUGAAGGGCCUCUUGAUCAGUAUUUUAUGAAGUUUCCCCAGAAACUCUUCAGGAGUUCCAUCGAGUGUUGUCAUGUUGAUCCUAAAAAUCAACAGGUGCUUGAACAACACCUGGUUUGUGCUGUGGUUGAACACCCACUGAGCUUUCUUCACGAUGAGAUUUAUUUUGGUCCUGGCAUAAAGAAUGCCAUAAUGGCACUUAAAAGUAAAGGAUACUUGAUUGCUGAUCCCUCAAAAGAUUCUCCUAACAGAAUUUGGAGUUACAUUGGGCAUGAGAAAAUGCCUUCUCGUAAUGUUAGUAUACGAGCAAUUGAAACUGAGAAGUACAAAGUAAUUGACAAGCAAAAGAAUGAAGUCCUUGAAGAGAUUGAGGAAAGCAAGGCUUUCUUUCAGGUUUAUGAUGGUGCUGUGUAUAUGCAUCAAGGCAAAACCUAUCUGGUGAAAGAAUUAGAUAUAUCAAGUAAAAUUGCUUUAUGCCAAGUGGCUGACUUGAAGUACUACACAAAAACUCGUGAUUACACAGAUGUUCAUGUCAUUGGUGGUAAAAUUGCGUAUCCAGCGAGGAUUUCCAAUAUCCAAUUAUCUAGAACAACUUCCCAAGUAAAUACUUGCAAAGUAACAACUACUUGGUUUGGUUUCUAUCGUAUAUGGCGAGGAAGCAACCAAAUUUUUGAUGCAGUUGAUCUUUUGCUUCCUACGUAUUCAUAUGAAUCACAGGCUGUUUGGAUUCGAGUCCCACAAUCUAUAAAAGCAGCCGUGGAGAUUAAAAACUUGUCCUUCCGUGCAGGCUUACAUGCUGCGGAUCAUGCUCUUCUUAAUGUGAUACCUCUAUAUAUAAUUUGCAACUCAUCAGAUUUGGCUUCAGAGUGUGUAAACCCUCAUGAUAGUCGCUAUGUUCCUGAAAGAAUUCUGUUAUAUGAUCAGCAUCCUGGAGGGACUGGCAUUUCGGCACAAGUUCAGCCUAUUUUCACUGAACUGUUAACGGCUGCUUUGGAACUUCUCACAUCAUGCUGUUGCACAGCAGAUACUGGUUGCCCGAACUGCGUUCAAAAUCUAGCGUGUCACGAGUAUAAUGAAGUUUUGCACAAGGAUGCAGCUAUUAUUAUCAUUAAGGGUGUUCUUGAUGCUGAGAAAUCUCACUUCGAUGAGCUUUCCUGACUAACACAACCUCUCGGGCGCCAAAUUACCAAUUUACCAUAG